CAGAAUAGCCAGUGGAGCUUACUCAGCCCCGAACGCUCCCUGGUAGUUUUUUGAAAUCACGCACUGGUCUACAAUAAACCGAAGUAGACAUGGCUAUGUUCAAGCUCCAUGACCUUCCGCAGGAGUAUUUGGAAUAUAUGGUCGAUAUCAUGCACAAGGAGGGACACCACUAUUUCUGUCACCCCACAAAAUUUGCAUCUGUCAGUCACUGUGCUGCCUCAAUUUCAGCUAAUCGGUCAGUCCAAAGAUACCCCGAAAAGAUCCGCCACAUCGGAGACAACUGCAACUUUGCAGUUGCCUUGAGAGGAUCAUCUGAGGUGGCCAAUAUUGCCCAUGAAUUUCACCUCGGCUGCUUCUACUUCACCGUAGGGCCUGUCAACUCGAGAAUGGAUGCCCAAGUGAGCACUUUGGACCCCGUUAAGCUAAUGAUGUUUUAUAUUUGUUCACUUAUUCUCAUUAUUUGCCUGAGCCAGAGACCCAGAAUAAACAAUGCAACCACAUGA